UUAAAGUAUGCCUCUUGUUAUUGUGCUCAGUCACUACGUCAUAUCCGACUCUGUGACCCCAUGGACUAUAUGUAGCCCACCAGGCUCCUCUGUCCAUGAGAUUUCCCAGGCAAGGAUACUGGAGUGGGUUGCCUUUUCCUUCUCCAGGGGAUCUUCCCAGACCAGGGAUCAAACCCAUGUCUCCUGUAUUGGCCAACUGGGAAGGCUCUUAUAAAACAGUAUAUGUUUUAUAUUUUCUCUAUUCUCACAGCAGGCUAUUAUUCUUUUAGUGGCCACUUUGGGAUAAUAUGUAUCCGUUACUUCUUACUGUAACAAUCAUCUUUCUUUCCUCUGUAAUCUUCCGUCUAUAGUUAGUACUUUUGUUACUUUCUCAACAAGGUAACUCCCCUAUGUUAUUAUUUGUAGAUGUUAUAUUUAGUUAUUGUUUCGGGGCUCUGAAUUUCUUCCUGUGCUUCAAUGCUUCCAUUUUCCUUUUAUUUUUCAUUUCAUUCCAUUUUCCUUCUACCUGAAAACUUUUAUUAGUAUUUCUUUGACUACAGGUCAAAACUUCAGUCCCAACCUGAUUUUUUUUUUCAUUAUGUCCUUAUCUGACUAGGCCAGAAUAGUGUAAAUUAAACUUUUUUCUGAUGUUAAGUAAGUUGGGAAAUCCUAAUCUUAAUGGAGAGAAGAACUUUUAGGAGUAUAUUUUAAGACAAUAACUAGAGACCUUUGUAACAUCAUAGUGAAAAAUUAAGACUGACAUAAUUGAAAAUAAGCAAGGGGUUAAUAAAUCAGAUAUGGCUGAUUUACAUUAUGUAUUGAUAAUAAUAUGCAUCUAACAAGAGUGAUGUUAUCAGUAAAUGAAUACGUAAUCAUAGACAUGUCUGUGUAAGGAAAUGUGAACAAAUACAUACUAACUGUGCAUUUUGACUGCUUAUAGGAGGUAGGUAGAUGUUGGGGGUUAGGACUUCCGAGUUUUUAACUUAGAAAGGGAAAAAAAAAAAUCACUGUGGGUAGAAAUACCAGGCACUAUUUUCUUUCUUUUAAAACAUUUUCUUUUUUCUAUUCUAAAUAAUCUUGCGGUAAGAGUAGCCUAGGCUGCAGGUUUUCCCCUUUCAAGUCUUUGACUAUAUCUUGCCAGUCCCUUCUGUCCUGCAGUGUUUCUGUAGAGGCUCACCUGACAGCUGCUGGGGGGGAGCCUUGUAAUUAACGCUCUGUUCUUCUCUUGCUGCUGUGAGAAUCCUGUCUUUCACUUUUCUGUUUGUGGGAGAAGGUAGGCUUCAUAUCUUGCUGCUCUGCCAUCAUGAUGGCUCUCUCCAGACAUUUCCUAAGCUUCUUUAAUAAGGUGACAAAAUGGUAUAAGAUUCCUGUCUUAUAAAAUCAAAAUAAAUAUAAAAACAUUUGAAAGGUAUUCAGAUCUCAUUGGCUAAGAGGAAAAUGUCAAUCAGACCAUCAAAACCCAGAAUACCUUUGUUUGUGCGUGCAAGUAAAAAAAACAUCUUGUAAGAACUUUACCUGGCAACACCUGCCUGGCCUCUACUACAGAAAACAUGUGUGUGGAACACUCUUUUUGCACACAGUUUUAAAGAGUGUAUUGAAGUGAUUGAGUUUUAAUAGAAUUUAUGAUUGAUGGUGCCCAGCCCUAUCUUGCACAAGUUUCAUCUUUUAAACCCAACUGGUGUUCCCUUCCUUGAAGCCUUCACCUCACUUCCCAGAUUUCCUUUAUUAAGUUGUUUUUGAGAUGGAAGCACGUAAGAUAGAAGCUGAUGUUCCGUGGUGUCUUUUCACUUCACUUGUGGUUUCCUUAACGUUUUUGUCCAUUACUCAGUUAUUCAUAUACUGACUCAUUUUUUUUUUCCCAUUGAAAAUGUUUCUGUGUAGCAUCACUGAUAGGCUUAAAUGCAUCUUCAGUAAGGGUAUUACUCUGUCAGGAGGCACGUUAAUAGGAGUGAUGUUCAUAUUUGACAACCCCUCCGGCCAGGACACAUCCAGAACUUGCCCCGAUGGGAUCCUGGAUGCUGAUGCGGGGCGGGCGGUCCCCUCCUUACCGGACUGUGGUGAGGAUGGCUGCCAGCGGGGCUCCCUGCCGCCACUGCUCACCAGGCAGCGUGGAAGCAUUUCAGGAUCUGACAGGUCAGCUCGGCUGUUUGGGUGUGUGCCAUUGAGGGCAGCUGCGUGUCAGCUCAGCUUAAGGGGUCUGGUGACGUUUGGGGACGUGGCCGUGGACUUCUCGCAGGAGGAGUGGGAGUGGCUGAACCCCGCGCAGAGGAGUCUGUACAGGAAGGUGAUGCUGGACAACUACCGGAGCCUGGUGUCGCUGGGAGUUUCGGUUUCUAAGCCAGAUGUGAUCUCAUUACUGGAGCAAGGAAAGGAGCCCUGGCUGGUGAAGGAGGAGGGGCCAAGGGGAGCACGCUCUGAUUGGGAGUAUGCAUUUAGAAACAAGGAAUUUCCAUCAAAGCAAGUUAUUUAUGAAGAAUCAUCCAAAAUAAUGAUGAUGGGAAGAAGCCAUCUUAGUUAUAACCUCAACUGCUCCAGUUGGAGAGGAGACCCUAAAAGUAAGGACUGGUUUAAGAACCAGUUGGGAACUCAGGAGGUACAUGCUAGUCAGCUGAUCGUCACUCACAGAGAAAUCCUAACUGAGGAUCACAGUAAUGAAUAUACUAAGUCCUGGCAAACUUUCCAUCAGGAUACAAUCUUUGAUAUAAAGCAGAAACGUAAUAAGCAUGAGCCACAAAAGAGAAGUUACCGGAAAAAACCUGUGGAAAUGAAACGUAAGAAAGUCUAUGUAGAAAAGAAACUUUUGAAAUGUAAUGAAUGUGAGAAGGUGUUCAACCAGAGCUCAUCUCUCACUCUUCAUCAGAGAAUUCAUACUGGAGAGAAGCCCUACGCGUGUGUCGAGUGUGGGAAAACCUUCAGUCAGAGUGCAAACCUAGCUCAACAUAAGAGAAUCCACACUGGAGAGAAACCCUAUGAAUGUAAGGAAUGCAGGAAAGCCUUCAGCCAGAAUGCCCACCUUGCUCAACACCAGAGAGUUCAUACUGGAGAGAAACCUUAUCAGUGUAAAGAGUGCAAAAAAGCCUUCAGCCAGAUUGCACACCUGACUCAACACCAGAGAGUUCAUACUGGAGAGAGACCUUUUGAAUGUAUCGAGUGUGGAAAGGCCUUUAGUAAUGGUUCAUUUCUUGCUCAGCAUCAGAGAAUUCACACUGGAGAGAAACCUUAUGUAUGUCAUGUGUGUGCGAAAGCCUUUAGCCAUCGUGGAUACCUAAUUGUACAUCAGAGAAUACAUACAGGAGAGAGACCCUAUGAAUGUAAGGAGUGUAGGAAAACCUUCAGCCAGUAUGCACACCUUGCUCAGCACCAGAGGGUUCAUACUGGAGAGAAACCGUAUGAAUGUAAAGUAUGUAGGAAAGCCUUCAGCCAGAUCGCGUACCUUGAUCAACAUCAGAGGGUUCACACUGGGGAGAAACCCUAUGAAUGUAUCGAAUGUGGGAAGGCCUUUAGCAACAGUUCGUCACUUGCACAACAUCAGAGAAGUCAUACUGGAGAGAAGCCUUACAUGUGUAAGGAAUGUAGGAAAACGUUCAGCCAGAAUGCAGGCCUUGCUCAGCAUCAGCGAAUUCAUACUGGAGAGAAACCUUAUGAAUGUAACAUUUGUGGGAAAGCCUUUAGCUACAGUGGGUCUCUAACUCUACAUCAGAGAAUUCAUACUGGAGAAAGACCCUAUGAGUGUAAGGACUGCAGGAAAUCUUUCAGGCAGCGAGCACACCUCGCUCAUCAUGAGAGAAUCCACACUAUGGAGUCAUUCUUGACUCUUUCCUCUCCCUCAGCCUCUGUGUCCAGUCCGCUGCCAAGACCUGUAGGCUUUAUCUCCUAAAUAUGCCUUGAAUCUGACUCCAUUAAUCCAUUUCCAUUCUAUCAAUGUUUGUCCAAUACAUGAUAAUCUAUUUGACACAGACUAUGGGAAUAGCUUUUUAAUCCAUCCCCCUGUAUUUACCAUUUCCUGUUAGUAAUCCAUAUUGCAGUCAAACUUGUAUUUAAAAAGUCUGACCAUAUCACUUCUCCCUCGUUAAAACCCUUCACUGGCAUCCCAGGUGCACAUUGCUCAAAAUAGCCUAAAAGACCCCUGCCCCCCAAUACCUUGUUCCCGUUUACAUUUCAGAGUCCCAUUUCAUGUGACCAUCUCAUUCCUGGGCUACUUAUCAAAAUUCAGAAUUUCAUAUUGCAGCAACAACUAGAUUGGGGUUCCAGUUCUUACUGUUCCAUUUUCUAGCCCUCUAGUUCUGGACGAACAUUUUGUCCCUUGUAAGCAUCUUGUCUUUUUAUUUCUAUUAUAGAAAUAAUAAUGGUACUACCUCAAAAGUUAAUGGGAGGAUUAAAUGAGAUAAUGCAUGUAAAUUGCUCAGCACAGUGCCUAGCAUAAUCAAUAAACAUUAAUGUAAAAUAAAAGGAUAACUAUGUAUACAAAGAAGAUCUGAUCAUCUUAGCAGUGAUUAUCGGUGAAAUAACAAAACAGCUCAAGACCCAGGAGACUAAAGAUUUUUUAGUAGAAAGAGCUUCCUUGUUCUGAAGCUGAGUGAAAAGGGUAUCCAACACAGUAGAGUUAAUGUUGGAGUUCAUGAUGAUAGAGUUAAGAUGGUGGCUUCUGUUUCAGUACAAACAUGGAAAUACGAUUUUGUUGAUAAGGAAAACUAACUUCAUUAUAUAUUCAACAGUUUUAAGAAACCAGGUGUUAAACAUCAAUUGUAAUAAGUAAAAUUUACUGAGAUGUA